AUGGCACCUCUGCCGCCUUCCGAACUUGCGAAGCAGAUCCUCGAGCACAAGGCGCCCAGUUACACCUUCAGUUUCUCACCAUUCUUACGUUCUAACUACGGUCACGGAUUCCCACCAAACAGACCUGUAUGCAAAGCAUUUGUAGCAGGGCACUGUCCUUUAGGUACAUCAUGUCCCGACCGUCACGUUGCGCCCAACGCGGCCAGCAGCACCAACGCCAGCUACAACUCCCUAGUAUGCAAGCAUUGGCUGCGAGCUCUAUGCAAGAAGGGCGAGAGUUGCGAGUUCCUCCACGAGUACAACCUACGUAAGAUGCCCGAGUGUAACUUCUUUGUACGCAACGGGUAUUGUUCCAAUGGCGACGAGUGCCUUUACCUACACAUCGACCCACAAUCUAAACUACCUCCCUGCCCACACUACGACCGGGGCUUCUGUCCUCUGGGCCCCAACUGUUCCAAGAAGCACGUUCGUCGUAAAUUAUGCCCCUACUACCUAGCCGGCUUCUGCCCCGACGGCAAGACCUGCAAGGAAGGUGCUCACCCGAGGUGGGAUAAGAAUCUCGAGAAACCCAUCGCCAAGGCCGACGUCAUACCCGAGGAGCCUAUCAGAAGAGACGACGGUUUUAUGGAUGAGGAUCAAAGAGAUUUCGGAAGACAAGAUAGGGAUAAUAGGGGGGGUCGGGGCGACAGAUUCGGUGGCGGGCGUGGCGGUCGAUGGAGAGGAAGAGGCGAUAGGAAAUUCGGGCGUGGAAGAGGUCAUCACUAG